UUACUACGCUUGGUCUUAGCAUAAACAUAAGAGGCCAACCUUAAAUAAUCGUACGUAGAGACUAUAUAAUCCAGCUCUGGAAUCACUGAAAAAUGUCGUUGUUUUUUUGACAUAUACAAAUAUAAGCGAGUGGUCCUAUUCAUUUAAAUCGGGCCGAUUUACAGUGUGACAUCGAAAGUCUAGUAGAUCAGACGGAUCUGAUGCAAUCAAGAACCUCGUUCUUGUCACAGGUAGCAGAGCUCAUACCAGAAAAAUCUAAAGCAGAACCAACUUAUUUUCCCUCUCCAGACAAGCUAAUGUUCUUCAAGUCACCCUCAUCUUGACUUCGGAGAAAGAACAGACGGAAAGAUACAGUGGAAAGAAGUAUGGAGCCAAAAUCCUUGGCGGCUGCUGUUUUGGCGGGUUCCGGUGGAACCGUCUGAUCAUUAGCCCUUUACUGAGCGGUGUGUGACAUGCUCCGUUUAAUAUUUGCCCUUCUAAUUGCCAUUCCCUUGACGGCAACAACGCCGACGGCAAACCUGACUUCCGGAUUAUGGAACGGAAUUGAGAUUGACAUACCCGAUGUUCCUCGAAAGGUUGAAGCUUUUCUGGGGGUGCGCUACGCCAAACCACCGCUCGGAAAUCUGCGUUUCAAACAUCCGAAGCCCCAUGCGUACAGUGGUGAGCAGGACGGCACCAAGUUGGCUGAUGCGUGUAUUCAGGGUAACACAUUCUAUAUCCGCAAGGGAAUCAAUUUCCACUUCGAGUCGACGUCAGAGGAUUGCUUACACGUGAACAUCUAUAGGCCGAAGGGUGUAACAGAUGCCCCUGUCGUUGUGUACGUAUAUGGAGGAAGCUUCCUUGGAGGCUUCAACGGCUUAUUCCUCUACGAUCCUGAGGAAUUAGUUGCUCGCCACGAUAUCAUUGUGGUAAUAAUAAACUACCGCCUGUCUGUAAUGGGUUUCCUUUUUUUAAACAAUACGGAAGCUCCGGGCAAUCAGGGACUGCAUGAUAUUCUUUUAGCCGUAAAAUUCGUAAAGGAGAAUGCGCGAGCUUUAAAUGGAGAUCCAGAUAAGUUCACCCUAUGGGGCCAGUCUGCUGGGGCGUUUGCCGUCGGCUUCCUUAUGGGAAGUCCUCUUGCCAAAGGGCUAUUUUCGCGAGUGAUACUUCAGAGCGGUACACCUGUCAGUGCUGCUCCAUCUUUUUCGAUGAAUAGCAUAAACGGCGCAGUAAGUGCCGCCAGUGUUGUCAAUUGCAUCGAUUCGAGUCGAAAACCUGAAGACCAACUAGAAGAUAUUGGCCGUUGUAUAAAGAAUGUUGACGCUAAGACGCUGUUUGACGCAGUGAACCGAGGUUUAGGAGAGCAUUAUACGAUAACCUUCCAACCACAAUAUGGUAUCGACAACCUCCUGCCCGAUUUUCCAUUCCCUACUGAUCAGUCAAAGGUGCCCCUCAACGACGACAUUAAGGAGGUGUUUACAAGUACCGUAAGCAACGAGGGAGGCUUGUUCAUCGAAGGAAUACUGGAACGUUUUCAAUUCAACGAUACGUCUUCGGCUGAUGAUUACAUCGAUCUUGCGCGAAUCGUUAUGAAGGUCAUUCUCAAUUUACCUGUGGAGCUCGUACGAGACAGUUCGAUUGCAUACAUCCCGCAGACGUUGCAGGUUGGCCAUAAUCUACGCUCUGCCAUGGGGCGUCUAUUUGGAGAUCUUAUUUUCGAGUGCCCAACCGAUCUUUAUUCCGCUUUCCUCGCCAAUAGGGGUGUCAAGGUUUACCGCUACGUGUGGAACCAGCGACCUUUGACAAGCUAUUGGCCCGAAUGGACAGGUGCGACUCACUGUGACGAUGUUCCCUAUACAAUGGGCGGACAACUGCACCUAGGUGAAAAGGCUGAGCGCUCCAAUCAAGCCAGUCCAGAACUAGCACGCUAUAUGCGAGUGCCAAUCGACGGUGACCACAAGACCUUGGUACUGAACUCUUUGAAAAUGAUAGCAGAUUUCAUAAAAAACGGAAUACCUUCGAGACCCGACGGCACCGAUUGGCCUCUGUACACUCCAACCGAACCGCGCAUGCUCCGGAUAGAGGCUUCCGGUUUCACCGAGAUUACGGGGCCGCGAUCGGACAAGUGUUCGGUAUGGGAUGAUUACCUUCAUAACAUAGUCGCAGUUAAGAAACCCGGAUCAACAUUUGACUUCAGUGGCAAUAAUGCCAUACCUCAAAAAAAUACUGUUUCACGUCGACCUCAAAAAUUCAAGAAGCUCCGUACUACAUCGGCGGCUACACCUGCCCAAAUCGUACCUUCUGCAAUGGUCAUCCAUUCGGUGUCGCUGAUAGGUCUAAUACUUCUUUUAAAGCAAAAGGUCUUAUGGUAGAACAAGGCACAGCGAUGGUCAAUUUGUAAAUUUUACUACUGUAUAUGUCCUAUAUUUAUUUGCGUAAUAACGACAUGGCUACAGUUUCGUGCAAUGAAUAUAUAAUUAUAAAGAUGGAAUCAUUUGUUCUGUAGUGAAUUUCAGUUGAUAAAAGUUAACCAACAGAUACUACAAUGUUAUAAGGUAAAAUGCUGAUAUUUCCGCUAUUUUUUUUUAAGACAGAAGACACUACGAGGAUCGACGAAGAAUAAUAUAUCUAAUAAAGUAAAGAAAGAAAAAGGUGAAAAAUGUAGGUAUACGUAAAAUCCUCUUAAAGACUAGCUGUGACUGUACGAAAAUGAUAAUGAAAAGGAAUAGUUUCGUCCGCUAUAAUUAUAAUUUAAGGUUUACCUGAACUUCCAUAAUUGAAUGCGAAUACCGCAAAUUAUUUAGGCUCUUUUGAGUAAGCGUCUAAUUCGAAAUGUCUAACGGAAACAAUUGGCACGAGCAUCAGACUGAUGAAAUGGAACGGAAUCGUACACAUUUUUCCAUUCUUAAUGCCCUACGUAGGUUUUAGGCGAGGAAUCAAGGCUAUAUCAUUUGAAAUUUCACACAUUGUGACUUCUGGCAAGAAAAUCACAAAGCUUGUUCUCAGAUUACAAUUCUUACUUAAUUACAAUUUCUUUGGUGCACCUGAGUGAGAGUAGUCCUUUAUUUGAAAGAACUUGGCACCACACAUCCACUUUAAUCUAAUAAGUAAAUUAUACAAAGAAUAAAUACAGCCUAAGAUAAAUCAGGCUAUUGAUUUCAUAUCUGCGAUGAAGAUAAGUGGGGAAAUAUACCAAGUAUGGUGUGCAGAACACAUUACGCUCAACCCUGUUUUAAACCAGUUUGAAAACUGAAACGGAGAUUUUUUUAUAACGCGAAACAGUGUAUUUAAAAGUAUCAAAGAGUGCUUCAUUCAUGUACCUGGCUUAAGCUUAUAAUUUAUUUGGCGAGUUUUAGAUAUAUAUAUAUAUAAGCGUCAACUUAUCUUUAAACAGAUUGGGCGAAGAUUUUAAAUGUUGCAUCGCCGAAGCUCAUUGAU